GACUCCAUUAAUAUCUCUUCAUUUCUUCUUCUUCUUCUUCUUCUUCUUCUUCUUUUGGUCUAAUUCAUCAUGCCGGAAUUCAACUUCCCCCAACGGAGCUCAAGUUACGGCAGUCUCAUCCCUUGCCUGACGGACAACUGGGGUGACUUGCCGUUAAAAGUAGAUGAUUCCGAGGACAUGAUCAUUUACAAUUCCCUCCGCGAUGCGGUUAAUUGGGGAUGGUCUCCCUUAGAUUUUACUGUCGCCGAUGUUGAAGGCGAGCCUGCUAUGGGAGCCAUGGGAUUGGCUCAACCGAUGGCUCCAAUCGAAGCGCCUUUGGGAAUUGAAAGCACGUCUAUGGAGAGCGAGAGUGGGAGUGGGAGCGCUUUUUUGUUUGCAGGGAAUAACGGAAAAUGCUUGCGGAGGUUGAAUCAGAAGGUUCCUAAAGGGAGGCAUUACAGAGGAGUGAGGCGGAGGCCAUGGGGGAAGUUUGCGGCGGAGAUCCGUGAUCCGGCCAAGAAUGGCGCUAGAGUGUGGCUGGGCACGUAUGAAACGGCUGAGGAAGCGGCUUUGGCGUAUGACCGAGCGGCUUACAAGAUGCGUGGCUCCAGGGCUUUGCUUAACUUCCCUCACCGUAUAGGAUCUGGUGAGCCGGAGCCGGUGAGAGUCAAGGCUAAGCGGCGGGAGCCAGUGGCUGGUAUGGGGAAUUUGGACGGCGGCUCGCCCAAGCGGAGGAAAGGCUUGACGUUGGCGGGUGGUAAUGAAACUGUGUUUCAGGUGGGUUUCGUGCCACUUGGCGGGCAGCUAUUGGUUAACUAAGUUGGCUCUACUCUCUUUCUUGUGUUUGUUGGUGAGUGCUAAUGAAGAAUUAGUGAAAAAGAGUUUUGAGAGUUAAAAACUAAAAUGUGAAGUUAUGAAAUAUGGACCAUGACCAAAUAGAAAAAGGGUCUCUAAAACAGAGACAUGAGAUAAGUCUCUUGAUAUUUAGGAUUUUUUUUUUUAAGAGUGUUUAUUUUAUAAUUUAAUAUAAUUUAUAAUUUACU